CGGAAGAGAGGAAACCACACCGUUAUCUGUGGAUGUUUACAACGAAAGCAAAAAUGAAUCCUCCAAUUAUCAACUCGGUGACAACUUCUACUAAAAGUAAGUUAAUGAAAAGGUGCUGUAUGUUUUAACGUUUUACAAAUAGCAAACGUUACAUGCAUCUCUCAUUCAUAACGUGCUGUGAAGCUAGCCAAAGUCAGGAAAGAGCUAGCUAGCUAGCUAGACAUCCUGGCAAUGCUUCGAUUUCACUUUGUUAUCAAAGAUGCGCAUGUUUUAUAGCCUUGAUAUGCCCGUUUUUGUUAUUAGUUAGCAAACUGAAACUACUCUUGCUUAGUAGCUAACUAGCUAGGUACUUUAAAAUAAUUGUCAACAGUCACGGUACUGUUGCCAAACAUUCUAGCUAACAUUUGAGAGAUUUUAGCUUGUUAUUUAAAGGGACUUCAUAACUAAGGGACUCUAGCACCGUCAGUAGUCUGCAUGCUUCACACUUUUGCAGCCAGGAAUUAAGACACACCUGUUUUCCUAUAAUUCAGUGUCAUUUGCUUCGACGUAACACGUCUAGUAAUAUCAGCUAGUACCACUGUAUCAGGGGAGGCUGGUGGAAUGAGCUAUAGGAGGACGGGCUUAUUGUAAUGGCUGGAAUGGAAUUAAUGGAACGGAGUCAAACAUGUAGUUUCCCACCAGCCUCUGCACUGUAUAAACCUAGCUCCUGUACAUGUUGAUAAGGUGUUGCCACAGUCAGCCAUCGUGUUUGAACAUUACUAUAACUGUAACUGUACUAUACUCUUUCCUGCAGGAAAGCGAGAGGCCGAGCGCUCCGUCAACUGGACGGUGGAAGAGACCCAGGUGUUGCUGUGUGCCUGGAGUGACGAGCGCGUGCAGAAGAGCCUGGCAGAGAAUGUCCGUAACCGCCAUGUCUUCAAACACCUCUCAGCCCGCAUGUGUGACUUGGGCUUCUCACGCAGCCCUCAUCAGUGCCGGCUCCGCGUCAAGACCCUCAAGGCCAACUACGUCAGAGCCAAGCUGCUGAUGAGCGAGGACGACUCCCAGCCCUGCAGUUUCAGGUACUACGCUGAGAUGGAUGCUGUGCUGGGGAGAAACCGCGCUGUGGAGGGGACUGGAGGAGGGCGCCAUUUUGGAUCUCCUGAAGGCAUAGGAGGAUUAGGAGGGUACCAUUUUGGGUCUGAAUUGAUCGUAGGAACAGGGCGCUAUUUUGGAUCUGAAGGGAUUGGAGGACUAGGAGGAGGACGCCAUUUUGGAUCUUCUGAGGGGACAGCAGGACGACAAUCCCGGUAUCUGGUGUCUGAGAUGAAGGUGGAGGAGGAGGACAGAGAGGCAGAGGACACAGACGACUACGAGUUCAACGGCGUAGGAAUCACCACUCGGUCACUGGCUGGCCCGGGUGGAAGACGCCAUGAUGCUUUUCUAGAGCACAGCAACGACUGUCAUGAACCUGUUGGUAUGUAUUCUACUGUCUGUCUGUCACACUUUCUGCUAUCAGUGCCACUAUCAUUAUCAUUUAAAGGUAGACUCAGCGAGAUGACGUUGAAAUUGGGUCGUUACAGCUCAAAAACAACAAGAAAGAGGAUUUUGAACACACACCAUCUCACAUUGUUCUGAAAUUGUUUCUGUUGGUAGAAACAGAUAAGAUUAGCGUUCCUGAAAUAUUAUUUUGUUGAAAUAUUAUUUAAUCGCUGAGAAAUUAACCUAAUUGAUUGCAUCCAAAUUGGCGUUUUUUUUUAAUUUAUAGGAUUCAUAUAAUAUUAAAUAAAUAUAGUACCUAACAUCCGAUUUGGACCAACCUUUUUUUUAAACAAUGAGUUAGUCAUGAGGAAUCCAAAGAAAUGGUCAAAAGCCACCCACGAACCCCCACACCGCACGCCAAUCCCACCCCAACAACAAGUAUAUAGUAUCAGUUCUUUGUGUCUGACAAGUAGUAUGGAGCGGUGGCUUGUUUCUUCAUCCUAUGUAAUGGAAUCAGUUCUUUGUGUCUGGCUGUCCCUUAGUGGUAGAGCGUGCUCAUCCCCUGGACUAAACUGUCCCUUAGUGGUAGAGCGUGCUCAUCCCCUGGACUAAACUGUCCCUUAGUGGUAGAGCGUGCUCAUCCCCUGGACUAAACUGUCCCUUAGUGGUAGAGCGUGCUCAUCCCCUGGACUAAACUGUCCCUUAGUGGUAGAGAGUGCUCAUCCCCUGGACUAAACUGUCCCUUAGUGGUAGAGCGUGCUCAUCCCCUGGACUAAACUGUCCCUUAGUGGUAGAGCGUGCUCAUCCCCUGGACUAAACUGUCCCUUAGUGGUAGAGCGUGCUCAUCCCCUGGACUAAACUCGUCCCUUAGUGGUAGAGCGUGCUCAUCCCCUGGACUAAACUCGUCCCUUAGUGGUAGAACGUGCUCAUCCCCUGGACUAAACUGUCCCUUAGUGGUAGAGCGUGCUCAUCCCCUGGACUAAACUGUCCCUUAGUGGUAGAGCGUGCUCAUCCCCUGGACUAAACUGUCCCUUAGUGGUAGAGCGUGCUCAUCCCCUGGACUAAACUGUCCCUUAGUGGUAGAGCGUGCUCAUCCCCUGGACUAAACUGUCCCUUAGUGGUAGAGCGUGCUCAUCCCCUGGACUAAACUGUCCCUUAGUGGUAGAGCGUGCUCAUCCCCUGGACUAAACUGUCCCUUAGUGGUAGAGCGUGCUCAUCCCCUGGACUAAACUGCCUGGACUAAACUGAAACGUUGUGUGCUGAAGUUUGUAUGGUUCUCAAAAGUUUCCUAAUAACGAACAAUUCCUUAUUCUUCUAAUUGCUUGGCCUGGCUAUAGCAAUAAGUAAGAUGGCUAACGCGACCGAAACGACGAAGGCUAACAAGCUGGGUUUGGGUUCGCGACCAUGCCCCAAUUAAUUAAAAGAUAAUCACUUUGGUUGUCUUGUAUGUCUCGGCUCGGUGCAUGCUCAGGCUGCCUUCGCUCAAAUCAGUUUGUGUUUGAGACUAGGGGAUGGCUGGCACUGUUCCCCUGCUAGUCCGCAGCGCAGGUUCUCUUGACAAUCGUGUAGCAUUCUUUAGGGGGCUUGGUGUUUCCGAUAGUGACAUCAUUGCUGUGAUGACAGUGCCCCCACGUUUUGUUACGCCAAACGGGGUACUACGUCAGCCAUUGCCGGGGGCAGUGUACACCCAUAAGGGGGCAGUGUACACCGAGUGAGGCUCAUUGUGAGUUCUCCCAGGUGGCACUGCCAAUCAGUGGACGUCACUGAUUGCUGGAGCCCUUGUACCCAGAGUUGGCCGCGCUUUAGGAAAAUCUUGGCACAUAAACACCGUUUUUUUCAUCCUCAAAGUUCUGCAGUGUUCGCGGGUGUCAAAAGUGUUGUGUCUCCCGCAUGUGAGUUUGAGGAAAAGUGUCCCUUCUCCAUGUAUAGACACACGAUUGUCCAGAGUGGUGGAAAUGGAAGAAGAACCAAUCUCUCCCAGUCCACAAGGUGGCGUCCCACCCCUUCAGCUGACACUUCAUUGGAGGCUCGCUGUCUGCUCGGACCAGUGGCGUGCAUGCGCAGUGUCACCCUGGAUCAUGCGAACAGUGACGACAAUUCGUUGUGCAUCCCCAACGCUUCUGCAGUGUCAUCGUGUCGACUGUUCCGGAGGACUCAGCGUCCUUUUUGAGGGAGGAAAUAUCCUCCCGUCUCCAGAAACAGGCAAUCUGAGUAGUUCCUUUGUCGAAGAGCCAAGACGGUUGGUACAGCCGGUAUUUCCUGGUUCCCGGAAAGGGACGGGUCUUUGCGUCCCAUUCUAGACCUGCGUUCUCUCAGCAACAACGCAGAAAGAAAGAAAAUAGAGAAAUAAUAGAAAAGUAGAACACGUAAUAAUAAAUACACAACGAGGAACGAUAACUUGGCUUCCAGUACAGAGUCGAUGUGCAGGGGUACGACGUAAUUGAGGUAGAUAUGUACAGGAAUAGAUGACAGAUAAUAAGUAGUAGCAGCAGCGUAUAUGUGAUGAGUCAUAAAAGUUAGUGCAAAAAGGGUCGAUGUCCGGGUAGCUAUUUGGUUAACUAUUAUGGCUUGGGGUUCAGGGGUCAUGUUGGUUCCGGACUUGGUGCAUCGGUUCUGCGUGCCGUAGCUGAGAGAUCAGUCUAUGGCUUGGGUGGCUAGAGUCUGACCAUUUUUAGGGCCUUCGUCUGACACCGCCUGGUAUAGAGGUCCUGGAUGGCAGGGACCUCGGCUGUACGCACUACCCUCUGUAGCGCCUUGCGGUCGGAUGCCAAGCAGUUGCCACACCAAGCGAUGAUGCAGCCAGUCAAGAUACUCUCAAUGGUGCAGCUGUAUAACUUUUUGAGGAUCUGAGGGCCCAGCCUGAGGGGGAAGAGGCGUCGUCGUGCCCUCUUCACGACUGUGUUUACAUUUACAUUUUAGUCAUUUAGCAGACGCUCUUAUCCAGAGCGACUUACAGUUAGUGAAUACAUAUAUAUAUAUUUUUUUUAUACUGGCCCCCCCGUGGGAAUCGAACCCACAACCCUGGCGUUGCAAACGCCAUGCUCUAUCAACUGAGCUACAUCCCCUGCCGGCCAUUCCCUCCCCUACCCUGGACGACGCUGGGCCAAUUGUGCGCCGCCUCAUGGGUCUCCCGGUCGCGGCCGGCUGCGACAGAGCCUGGAUUCGAACCAGGAUCUCUAGUGGCACAGUUAGCGCUGCGAUGCGGCGCCUUAGACCACUGCGCCACUCGGGAGGUUGGUGUGUGAGGGCCAUGACAGAUCCUUAAGGCGUCCGCUUCCCAGCCGAAAAACAGUUCGGAAGAGUUCGUACCAUAUAUUCUGAUGACAUUUUUGUGACGUUUUUGUUCGUUUUGGACUUCGGAGAUGUUUUUUUUUUUGUCUGUUCGGGCACCAGCAUUUUUUUCUGGAGGCAAGCCGAAGUUUGGAGCCGAAGUUUACGCCCCUUCGCCAGUGAUUGGUCAACAGUAGGGAUUCUUAAAUAAAGUAUUUGUCAUUCAACGUUAAGACGACUUGUUUUCAUGUUUAAAAAAAAAAUUGGUUACGCUAGCCAAGUUCGGCAAGGCGCCAGCCGAACUGAAGCAUGCUGACGCCUUUAGUGAUGUAGACGCCAAGGAACUUGAAGCUCUCGACCCGCUCCACUAUAGCCCCGUCGAUGUGAAUGGGGGCGUGCUCGGCCCUCCGUUUCCUGUAGUCCACGAUCAGCUCCUUUGUGUUGCUGACGUUGAGGGAGAGGUUGUUGUCGGUCUCUGAGCUCCUCCCUAUAGGCUGUCUCAUCGUCAUCGGUGAUCAGGCCUACCACUGUUGUGUCGUCGGCAAACUUAAUGAUGGUGUUGGAGUCGUGCCUGGCCAUGCAGUCAUGGGUGAACAGGGAGUACAGGAGGGGACUGAGCACGCACCCCUGAGGGGCCUCCGUGUUGAGGAUCAGCGUGGCAGAUGUGUUGUUACCUACCCUUACCACCUGGGGGCGGCCCGUCAGGAAGUCCAGGAUCCAGUUGCAGAGGGAGGUGUUUAGUCCCAGAGUCCUUAGCUUAGUGAUGAGCUUGGAGGGCACUAUGGUGUUGAACGCUGAGCUGUAGUCAAUGAGCAGCAUUCUCACAUACGUGUUCCCUCUUGUCCAGGUGGGAAAAGGCAGUGUGGAGUGCAAUAGAGAUCUGUUGAGGCGGUAUACGAAUUGGAGUGGGUCCAGGGUGUCUGGGACGAUGGCGUUUCAAAGCAGAUGUGAGUGCUAUGGGACGAUAGUCAUUUAGACAGGUUACCUUGGUGUUCUUGGGCACAGGGACUAUGGUGGUCUGCUUGAAACAUUAAGGUAUUACAGACUGUGUUAGGGAGAGGUUGAAAAUGUCAGUGAAGACGCUUGCCAGCUGGUCAGCAUAUGCUCUGAGUACGUGUCCUGGUAAUCUGUCGGGCCCUGCGGCCUUGUGAAUGUUAACUUGUUUAAAGGUCUUACUCACAUCAGCAACGGAAAGCGUGAUCACACAGUUGUCCGGAACAGCUGGUGCUGUCAUGCAUGGUUCAGUGUUGCUUGCCUCGAAGCGAGCAUUGAAGGCAUUCAGCUCUUCUGGUAGGCUCGCGUCACUGGGCAGCUCGCGGCUGGGUUUGCCUUUUGUAAUCCAUUAUAUUUUGUAAGCCCUGCAACAUCCGAAGAGCGUCAGAGCCGGUGUAGUAGGAUUCGUGUCACUCUCCUUAAAAACUGCAUCUCUAGCCUUUAGCUCAGUUCGGAUGUUGCCUGUAAUCCAUGGCUUCUGAUUGAGAUAUGUACGUACGGACACCGUGGGGACAAAGUCGUUGAUGCACUUAUUAAUGAAGCCAGUGACUGAUGUGGUAAACUCCUCAACUACAGAAACGAUUUCAGAACAAUCUGAGUUGGUGGGUGUCAUGGCUGAAAUUACAUGGAACGACACAAGCACAAAGAACUGUAAACACAUAGUGGGUCAAUUUCUGCAACAACUAACAACUUGGAAGUUCGAGGCUAAACGCCUCUGCUGUUUUGGUCCCGUGGCUACGUUUUAGCAGCCGUGCUCAUAUACUCUGUGUGACUUAGUGAGAGCAAAGUUUUGCAUCACAUUCAUUCCAAUAUCUGCAGUGCUGUUAAUUGCAAUGUCAUCUCGCUCCGUCUACCUUUUUUAAAUGAUCAUUUCUAACAAAUCAGAUUGGCUUUCACUGAGUUCCGUGCUCCCUAGGCAAUUAACUCUACAUCAGAUUGGCUGAAGCACAAUGUACCAAGGUUAUUAUAGUUUAACGAUUUAAUUAGUUUUUUUUUUUUUUUCUAUUCGUUUUUUGUUUUAUUUUAAAUUCAGUUUAGUUUCAGUUUGUUUUCAGAGUUAAUUUACUAGUUUCUAUUUAGUUUCAGUUUGAUAAAAAAAAAACAUUUUAUAUUUCAUUUUUACAUUUUUUAGUUUUAGAAAGUAGCCUAUAUUGGCAGCCAUGGAUGUGUUGUAGGCUUUGAGUAGUUUUUUUUGGGAUGUCACUCUGUAUCUGUGUCAAGGGACUUUUUUAUUACAAAAUAAAUGCAUUGUUGGUUAAGGGCUGUAAGUAAGCAUUUCACUGUAAUGUGCAUGUGGCCAAUACAAUUUGAUUUGAUUUGCUUUGCUGGCUAGCGGAGUAGAACACUUGAUAAAGAAAAGGAGUGCCUCACACUCUAGGAGCUCAGAUGCAAUAUUUUAGUAACCAACAUUUCGACAGACAAGCUUGUACCCUGAUGAAGACAGCUCGUCUGUCCAAACGUUGGUUUUACAGUUAUUGCAUCUGAGCUCCUAGAGUGUGAGGCUUUCCUUUUCUUUAUCAAGGGACAGUGUGGGCGGCUAGGAGCCAGUUAAGUGUUGUAGGACUAUAGUUUGUUUUUUGGGAUGUCACUUCUUGCCACUGGGGGGGGGUAGUAAUACAUAAGGUGAUGGGCCAGGACCAUAGACUUGGAUAGACAACAUCUCUGUAUCUGUGUCAUGAUGGCAUCAGUGAGAGCAUGGGGUAGCACCAUCCGUGUAGCACUAUUGGGGCCAUCUCCAUCUUGAAAUAGUAAAUGUUCUUCUUCACAAGUGAAAUUAAUUGGCUGAUUCUUCCUGAUGACCCGGCUGUCAAGACCCCAACCGGGUCGUCAGGUCAUGCCAACCGGUUCAUCAGAAAGGAUCAGCCAAUGAAGUUGACUAAAUCAAAAUGGUGAAAGUCAUCAAUGGCGCUGCCCAUGCUAACACAGGCUUUUGGCCACUAGAGGACUCCAUACAGCUCCUGGGCCUGGACACAGGUUUGGUUACAUUUAAAUUAUCAAUCAAUCCUAAUGUGACUUGGAUUUAAAGGAUAAGCGCCUAGACUGGUGCAAGAAGUAUGGUGGAAGGAAACUCUCUUGCCCAAGUUUACACCAAUCCAGUGCUUAUUUAGCUUUAGUAGUAUAUGUAAGACGAAUCAAGUACCUUUAUCUGACAGAAAGAGAGAGGAAAAAACAAUUAAAUGAAGUCAUGGCACAUUUGACAUGUUAUGUAAUAUUAAUAUCACUCUGCCUUUUUCCUGGUUGCAAAAAUUAUAAAAGUUUGCCUCAUUGCACAACAAUUCUAAAGGCAAUCACAUGUACAAAAUAAAAAUAAAAAUAAAUAAAUACAAUGGCCACGAUUAAAAAUAGCUAUUUUUAUUUCUCAACUAGUAAUUGAAGCGCUUCCCAUUCACCAUUGAAGUGUAUAGGCAACUAGGAAGGCUUCAGCGCGUCACACGCCACUUUGCAAUGACCUGGAGGCAGUAUGCAUUUUGAAAACAUGCUUAAUUGUUUGAAACCUGAACAUUUUACUACAUAUUAUGAGGCAUGGCUUCAAAGUAGCCAAAAUCCAACCAAACGUGCAGGCAAUUACUUUAUAAAGACGUCCAUAUGCCAUUGAAACCAGUAGCCUUUUUCUUUCAAGUUCUAUUGGUUUUCAAAUCAACCGUCUUCCUGCGGUCCUGCUGCUCCACAGAUGUACUCUCUGAUUUGCUGAAGUACAAAAGACUCUGCUUCCCUCAUAGGCUGAGCGAUAUAUUUAAUUAAUUCAAAUUAUGUUUUUUGUGCAAUAUUCCAAACGCCUGUAUCGCAAGAAUCAAGUUUUUUUUUUUUUAUUUUUUUUUGAUUUUCGUAGCGUUUGUGUUCGCUUGUUCUCAUGUUGUCUUUUUUGGUCUCGUCUCCUUCACACCUUCCCAUUUACACCAGAGAUCCGUGUGUAAUGAGGAGAUGCUCACAUCUCAACCCUAACAAUGGGAGCCGUUGUCCCAAAGGCGUGAAGGCAGGCCAUAGAAACACAUUGGGCUUAUUUUGGACAAAUCUUGGCUAGAGUGAAACCUUUCGCUUCGCCUCUUCCUCUCUUCCCCCCCUUGCCACUCACAACAACAAAGAUGAGAGAUCACUUCCUCCUCUCUGACAAGCGGUUUCAACUCGCUAUUUGCAAUUUGGUCCAACAGAAUCGGUCAUAUGGACACAAACACAUUGAGCCAUUAUUUUACUGUAAUAGAGGAGAAGUUAACCUUUCUAACCUUUUUUAUGUCUCAACUCAAAUUGCGCUCAGAGCAGACACUACUAAAGCGGGAGUAUCAAUGAACAUUAAUUCUGGGAUAUUUGUCGCGCUGCAUUAUAAUACCACGUACCGCUAGCAGCAUUUUAGCCAAAGAUUAUGCAUGGUUUUAACUAAAAAGGCAUUUUCAGAGACUUAAAAGCCAGAUCAGUGAUUAUUGCAAAAAAGUAGGUAAAACUAUUUCGAUAGAAUAAUAUAAUUAUUAGGUGGUCUAAUAUAAUUAUUAAAUUAUUGCUGACUGUUUGAAAUGUAGUGUAUUUGACCUUUUAAUUGUACAACAAAACUUAGAUAUAAAUAAAUAAAUGUUGGCCAUAAGUUUAAAAAAACAUCUAGAUGUGAGGCCAUAUCGCACAGCCAUAUUCCCUCAUCAGUGGCUCCAUCUCUGUUGAGCAACGUGCCAGAGACAGGCAAGCUGCUGCAGGGGUUGGAUCGAAGUUGGCUGCCCGACGAUUCAGUAUGCAUGUCAAGCGCUCACGCAGUGACUUCAGGAGGACACGUGGCAACUGUUUUGCAACCCGUAGUUGAAUGCCUCAAGAUUGGCACCACAUCAGACACACGACCGGCUGUCAGUUUUGAAGUAAACGGCUCCAACAACUUCCCAAUCUGCUCUAGCUUGGCCCAGUCACGCCCCGUGCUCGUCCUCAGAUGUCUUCCCUGUUAGCUAGUGAUGGUGAUGCACAAGCUAGGACUAUUUGAAACAUCGCCAUCUACUGGCAACAUUUUACCCGCCAGAUUCAGAAGCUCGAAAACCUCGUUAUAAAAAUAGCUUGGAAACCCCAUUUCAUUUUUUGCCCAAAGUUUAGAAUAAAAAAAUAAAACUAAAUCUAAACAUAAUUUAUAAUGUUUCUAUUUUAUUUUAGCAUUCAAAAAUAGUAGUUUCAGAAUAGUUUGUUUUUUCAAGUGUUUUUUUUAUUGUAUUUUUUAUUUUACUAAAUUGUUUUUUCCAAUUUUUGUUUUUAUUUUCGUUUCAGUUUUAAUUUACUAUAAUAACCUUGCAAUGUACUCUACUGUAUCAACAGUUUACUCAAUUUUCAUGCAAAUCAAAUUGCCCAGUGUUGGAACAAUAAAGCUUUAAUUUAAUCUGAUUUUCUUUUUUUUUUUUUUUUUUUUGUGAAUCUAUUUAAUCUCUUGCCUUGCAGUUCAUCCAUUGGAGGAUGACCGCAGCUCCAGGUCAACACCCCCACCACCCCAGCCUGCUUCCCCUUUCUCUCCACCCCCAGACCAUAGCCCCAACCUGGGCAGUGCUACCGCCAUCCCCUCCACCCAGUCCCUGGAGCCUGUGUUGAAGCACCUGGCAGACUGCUUCCAGAGGCUGGUCUCAGAGUCCCGGGAGUUGAUGGUGCAGCUGGAAGGCCAGAGGCAGGAGCAGGUCAGAGACAUACAGACAUCGAAACUAUGAAAAUAACACACAUGGAAUCGUGUAGUAACCAAAAAAAGUGUUAAACAAAUCAAAAAUAUAUUUUAUAUUUGAGAUUCUUCAAAGUAGCCAGCCUUUGCCUUGAUGACAGCUUUGCACACUCUUGGCAUUCUCUCAACCAGCUUCACCUGGAAUGCUUUUCCAACAGUCUUGAAGGUGUUCCCACAUAUGCUGAGCACUUGUUGGCUGCUUUUCCUUCACUCUGCGGUCCGACUCAUCCCAAACCAUCUCAAUUAGGUUGAGGUCGGGGGGAUUUUGGAGGCCAGGUCAUCUGAUGCAGCACUCCAUCACUCUCCUUCUUGGUCAAAUAGCCCUUACACAGCCUGUCCUGUUGAAAAACAAAUGAUUGUCCCACUAAGCCCAAACCAGAUGGGAUGGCGUAUCGCUGCAGAAUGCUGUGGUCGCCAUGCUGGUUAAGUGUGCAUUGAAUUCUAAAUAAAUCACAGUCAGUGUCACCAGCAAAGCACCCUCACACCACCUCCUCCAUGCUUCACGGUGUGAACCACACAUGCGGAGAUCAUCCGUUCACCUACUCUGCGUCUCACAAAGACACGGCAGUUGGAACCAAAAAUCUCAAAUUUGGACUCAUCAGACCAAAGGACACAUUUCCACCAGUCUAAUGUCAAUUGCUCGUGUUUCGUGGCCAGAGCAGGUCUCUUCUUCUUAUUGGUGUCCUUUAGUUAUGGUUACUUUGCAGCAAUUUUACUAUGAAGGCCUGAUUCACACAGUCUCCUCUGAACAGUUGAUGUUGAGAUGUGUCUGUUACUUGAACUCUGUGAUGCAUUUAUUUUGGCACACAUACAGUUCUGCUAACUUUUACAUUGUUAGCACCGUUGAGCAUAGAGCUGGGCGAUAUGGACUAAAGUCAUAUUGCGAUAAAUGUAACUAUUUUGCUCAAUAACAGAGAAUUUGCUGACAUCUUUGUAGCCUAUAGACUUUAUUAUUCAAAUGAAGGGGAACUCAAACACUUAGCCAGAUUGCUAGCUCUAAAUAUGAAUAUGUUGCCAUGUAGGCUAAUUGAUUAAUCUAUCAGUAAAUGUCCUACAAAAACUUUCCAGCGCUAGACUUGAUGUAGGCGUAGUCACUUCAAAUGGCUCCGCGCAUCAAAACCAUCCUAACUAAAACCUACUCUGGAUUGAAAGUGGUGCCAUUAACUCAAUAUUAAGAGAUACAUUAUAUUUUAGUCAUUUAGCAGACGCUCUUAUCCAGAGCAACUUACAGUUAGUGAGUGCAUACAUUAUUUUUUUUCAUACUGGGAAUCGAACCCACAACCCUGGCGUUGCAAACGCCAUGCUCUACCAACUGAGCUACAUCCCCUGCCGGCCAUUCCCUCCCCUACCCUGGACGACGCUGGGCCAAUUGUGCGCCGCCCCAUGGGUCUCCCGGUCGCGGCCGGCUACGACAGAGCCUGGAUUCGAACCAGGAUCUCUAGUGGCACAGACCACUGCGCCACAAAGAAAGCUGUGACUCUCCUCUCUGUAACUAGAACAACAGUAGUUCAUUGAAAACUGUAUUUUUUCCCGCAAUAGCGUUGUGCAUUUAUGCUUCUUAGAAUACAUCUCUCCCUCCUCUUUCAUGGCAGGAAUCAACAUAAUGCAUAGGGCUGUUAUUACUGUUGACCAAAUCAUGGUUUUAGAACAAUCUACAGGAACGUUGUGUAGCAGCAAAAUCACAAAAUAUUACAGACGUAAGCAAAAUACUUCUGUAAGAGGAAGGCAAUGCCGUUUUGUCUGUAAUUUUCGGUUUAUUGUCCCAGGUUCCAUUUAUCCAUUCAUGAUGAAUAUUUGGAUUCUAAUUUGAAUUUUAGACCUUCAGAAGGUUGCUCAUGGGGAGCUAAGGAGAACCGCAUUAGUGCAGAACGGCAUCACGUACCCACACAACUCGUUGGUCCUUGUCACGGAUGGGCUAUUGCAGCAGACGACCACACCGGGUUCCACUCCUAUCAGCUAAAAAAAACAGUGGUCAAGCGAUCACCAACACUGGACAAUUGAGGAGUGGGAAAAACAUUGCCUGGUUCGACGAAUCCCAGUUCCUGUUGCGUCAUGAUGAUGGCAGAGUCAGGAUUUGGCGUAAGCAGCGUGAGUCCAUGGACCCAUCCUGCCUGGUGUCAACGGUACAGGCUGGUGGUGUGGUGAAUGUUUUCCUGGCACACGUUAGGUCCCUUGAUACCAAUUGAGCAACGUUUCCAUGCCCAAAGAAUUCGGGCUGUUCUGGAGUUAAAGGGGGUCCGACCCGGUACUAGAUGGGUGUACAUAAUGCUUUUGGUAGAAAACUCAGUGUCUAAACUCUCUCUCUCUCUCUGUGUGUCUAUGUCAGGCUCGCUGGCAGCAGGACUUGCUGUCCCAGUGGCUGGAGAAGGAGGAACUGAGGCAGAGGGAGGCCGCGGACAGGGAGGACCGGCGGGAGAGGGCCCGUAUGGAGCAUGAAAUCAGGGUACUAACGCUCCUCAGUGGUCUGGCCCAGAACCAGCAGAGACCGAAGCAGACACCACAUCACAGCCACAGCUGUUGCCACCAGUGUAGCAGGGUGGAGGGGGUAGCGGCAGGUGAGAUUGGGGCGUCGACCACUACCAGGCAUGAUGAUGGAACUGAGGACAGAGACAGGACAUAA